AUGAGAAUAAUAUCUGUAGGUUUUACUAUAUACGAGGCACAAAAUUUAGAAGUUCAUGAUAAAUUUUUAUUAGAUCCAUUAGUGAUUGUUCGUUGUUGCAAUAAUGAAUAUAUAACAAAGAAAAAAAAAAAAAAAUACAACGCUGUUAAUUGGGAGGAAAGUCAUAUAUGGGAUAGAAUAGUUCUAUCUGAAAUAGAAUGGAAUGUAGCAAAAAUAGAAUUUGAAGUUCAGAGUGCAAAUACAUUUUGGAGAAAUGAAACAAUAGGUGUAAUUUCUUUUGAAUUAAAAUUAAUUAAGAAUAAAAAAAAUCAUCAAAUUCAGGGGAUAUACCCAAUAUAUAAUAAAAAUGGAACAGAAAUAAGAGGGCAAUUGAGAUUAAAAGUUAUGGUUUGUGAUGAGAAGGAUUAUGUAAUAAAUGAUAAUAUACUUAAUGAUUUAGUAGAAAAAAAUGAUAAUAAUAUUUCAGAUAAUGAUGAGCUGUAUGCAGAUUUAAGUAAAGCAGUAGUUGAGGAAAAUAUUACUCCUUUAAGAGAUAAAAAUUCUAGAUUUUAUUAUUUAUAUGUAAAUAUACACAAAAUAGAAGAUAUAUAUGUAGAUAUUAACAAAAAAAAUUAUAGGGAUCUUUAUAUAACAUGUGAGUUUAAUGGAUGCCAUUUAAAAUCGAGUCAAGGAAGAAAUUGUACCAAUUAUACUUUUAAUGAAUGCUUUAAAAUUCCUAUUUCUACACCAAUUUUAGAAGAUUCUAUUGUUAUCAAAAUAUGGGAUUGGAAUUUUUUAUCAAACGACGAAUUGUUAGCUAUUGGGGUUUUGUCAUUUACUCAAAUAAAAAACAAGUCAAUCAACCCCACAUGGUUUAAUUUAUACGGUUUUCACAAAAAUGAAAUGAAUUUAGAAAAUGAAAUGAAUGAUAUAAUAUAUAAUGAUUUCAGUGUAUCUCUAGAAGGAAAUUUUUACUUGGGAAGAAUAUGCAUUAGUUCAUAUGUUGAAAGAUUAAAUAAUUUUGAUAAUUUAAAUGUAGCCAUAACACAAAGCUGUUUAGCCUAUGACGAGCCCUUAUCUAUACCUAUUACUUUAUUAUGUGAUGUUUAUUUAGUUACAGGAAUAUUAGCAGAAAAUAUUUAUGUACAACUAUGCUGCGGCCCAUAUAAGAAAAAAACAGAUUAUGUUAAUGCAAAUGAAAUAAAAAACAGUGAAAAGAAAAAAAAAAAUAAUGACAAAAAAUAUAGUUCUAAAAAAGAGAAAGAAUUUUUUAAUUUAUUUAAUUUUGAUGAUUUGCUAAAUUUAGAGAAUUUCUUUAAUAAAAUUAGUGAAAAGCAAAACAUUAUAGAAAAUAAUGAAAAUACAGAGUUCUAUUUUAGCUCUAGAAAAGGGAAAAUAGAGAACAUGAAAUUAUGUGUUGUAAGUGAUGAAUUACAACAAUGGGAUAUUAUAAUAAAUGUUUAUGAAAAAUCAAAAAGCUAUAAUACAAGUUUUUUUAAUAACUUUUUAAAUAAUGAUGGUAAUUAUGCAAGUAUAGGAAAUGAAGAAUCCAAAUUAACUGAUUAUCAAAAGUACAAAAAAAGAAAAUAUGAAAUAGAGCAAUAUGAACAGCAAACAUAUAAUAAUGAUAGAAGAAUUGCUUAUUAUAGAAUGCCUUUAAAAAAUGUUCUUUUGCAUAAUGAAAAAAUAUCAAGGUGUCCUAUAUGGAUACCUUUAAAGAAUAUCCCGAAAAAUGUUGAUGGAGAUUUUAAUUGUAUGUAUAAUAUUUUGCAAAAUGGUUCUAUAUUAAUUAAUUUAGAAAAAUCAUAUGAUGUGCAAUUAGGAGUAAAUAAAAGAAAAAAUUUAAUUCCCGUUAAUUAUGAAUUAAGAUGUUACAUAUAUGCAUGUAGAAACAUCAUUUCUAAUUUUAAUGAUUCUCCCAAUACAUUUGUGCAUAUAUCUUGUUCUGGAAAAAUGAAAAUUACAUCCUUGGUCUUAAAUAAUUCUAAUCCUGUAUUUUUACAAUGUUUAAAAUUAAAUAUAAAUAUCUUAACUGAUUAUUCUGUUGGCUUACCAACUAUACCUCUUAUUAUAGUAACUUUAUAUGAGUUUCAUAAUAACACAUUUUAUUUUAUUGGAAGGUGCUUUUGCAAUUAUGAUGUCUACUUGAAAGAUAAUUAUAAGAAGUAUAAUUUCACUAAUAGAGGUUCUACCUACAAUGUUGUUGAGCAGAUAAAUCCAAGAUGGAUUAAACUAAAAGGUAGCAAACAUGUAAAGGCAAUGUAUCCAAAUAAUUUAUGGCAACAGUAUGGGACUGAUAAAAGGAUAAUACAAGAAAAUUUAUAUGAAAAACAAAAAGAGAUUUAUAAUAAUAAAGAAAACAUGUUUCAAUAUAAUGAUUUAUUAUGUGGGGAAAGAGUUGGAGAUAUACUGUUGUACUUUGAAUUAGUACAAUCAAAAGAUGCAGUUAAAAUCCCAAUUUAUCCUAUGAUAUCAGAAAUAAAAAAAUGUUCUUUAUCUUUUUAUUGUAUGUCACUAGAAAAUUUAGUUUUAAUGAAGAAGCAAAACUAUUUAGAGAUGUUGUUAAAUAAAUCCGUUAUAAAAAGCAUUGCUCAUCCUGUUAUUGUUUUAUCUAUAACUUCUUAUUCUUCUUAUGGAAAAAAAAAAAAUGAAUUAUUAAUUAAAUAUGAAAAAUGUUUAAAAGCAAAUACAAGAAUACAAUUAAAAAGUUGGAAAAACUCAUUUAAUCAACAAAGUUUUGAAAUGUUUUCUAUAGAAAAAAUGGAUAUUGAUAUACCAUUAGAUCCAAUAUUUGAUCCUACAUUAAACAUUAAGGUAUACAAUAAAAAAAUUAAGGAAAAAUAUUUUAUUGGGGAAACAAAUAUAUCUCUAGUUCCUUAUAUCCCAUGGAUUAAAAAUAUUGAUGAGGUUAUACAUUAUUUACAAGCACAUGAUGAUUACUCAGAAACUAUAAAUUUUAAAAAUAUAGAUGGUGCUUUUAAUAUAUAUAAAAAUAAAAAUGCUGCUUUGGUGAUUACAGCUAUAUCUUUAGCUGAUUGUGAACAUACAAUUAAUUUAAAGGAAGAAUUAAACAAAUAUGAGGAAGAUGAUGAUGAUAUGUGGAAGCAAAUACCUCUUUUUAAUAUGAGAAAAGAAAAACAAAAUAAUAUAGAUAACGGCAAAGGAAUUCCAAAUGAACAAACUACAUUAAAUAAUAAUUAUCUUGAAAAUAAGAAUAAUAUGUAUAAUAACAUGAUUCAAAACAAUAUAUAUAAUUAUGAUAAAAUGAUGGACAACAAUAUGUAUAAUAGUAAUGUGAACAGAAAUAAUAUUAAUAUCAAUAAUAAAAUUAUGAAAAAUGAUAUUUAUAAUAACAUGAUUGUAAAUAAUAUAUAUAACAAUAAUAUAAUAGCCAAUGAUAUGGAUGCACAAAAAAUGUACAGUGAUAACAUGAUUAACAGCAAUCUGAUUAACAACAACAUGUAUUAUGAUAAUAAUAUGAUGAUCAAUAAUAUGUAUAAGAAUAAUAUAUAUAACCCAUCCAAUUAUGGUAUGAUUAACUACAAUAAUAAUUACCCUAAUAAUAUACAAAACUUUCCCUAUAAUGACGUAAAUAUUGGAAAUAAUUCUUACAAUAAUCCUUCGAACAUGUAUAAUAAUAACCCAUAUAAUAAAUACUAUAACAAUUUUUCAUCAUAUUAUGAAGCAUAUAAAAAGGAUGUUUAUAAUGUUAAAUUCAAUGAUAAUGUUUAUAAAUUGUUUGAUGAUGGAGUUCCUGAGAUAAUAAAAUUAACUUAUAAUGUAAAAAAUUAUCCAUACAUAAAAAUUUUAACUAGUAAAUUUAUAUUAAAUGUUCAUAUUCCACCACGAUUUAUUAUAUAUGUUGAAGGAGAUAAAUUAAAUACUGAAAAAUUUAUAAAAAACUUUCAUCGCUCAUCUGUUGAUGGAAUAUUAGAAAACUACUUAGACGAUAUAUUAAUACCCUCUAUUCCCUUAAAAAAAAAAUGUAGUACCUUCUCAUUAGAUCAUAACAUUGCAGAAAAUAAAAUACAAAAAGAAGGUAUUUCUUUUGGGUGUUUUGAAAAAUUUCCUUUCAUGGAAUUUUGUGGUGGAUAUAUAAAAUGCUUUGCUAAAAUAAAAUAUAGAAAUUUAAUAUCUGAGAAUAUUCCAUUAAGUUUAAAAGACAUAGAUAGCCAAAAUGUUUUUCGUAACAAAUUUAGAGGGAUAAAUAAGAUACCUUUGUAUUUAAAAAUUAGAGUAUACGUCUUAAGAGGCAUAGGAAUAUAUGGAAUAAAUAAUGAAUAUUUGGCUAAUCCUUACUUAAUUUUCUCUCUAGGUGAAAAGACAUCAAAUUUAAGAAAUUCGUUUAAGGAAUGUAAUAUAAAUCCAGAGUUUCGCUGUUUGUGGGAAAGUGAAGCAAUUUUUCCUGAAGACGAAACAUUAACGAUAAGUGUAUAUAGUGCAGAAAAUAAUUUUGAUAAACAAAUAAACGACAUAUAUAUAGGAUCUACAGAAAUUAAUUUAUUCGACAGGUGGAUGAGUAAGGAAUGGAGACAUAUGAUGAAAAAAAAUAAAAUACCAAUAGAAUAUAGGCCAUUAUAUAAUAACUAUUUAAAAGGGAAAAAUGAUAAUAUUUAUAAUAAAAUUAAUAGUUGGAACAAUAUUUUUUCAUUUUUUGAUAUUUUCACACACUUAAUGAAAUAUUCUACUAGAAAAGGUUAUUCAAAAGAAGAUCAAACAUUUUUAAAAAAUUCAGAAAGAAAUAAUUAUGGGAUAUUAGAAAUGUGGGUAGAAAUCAUGGAUUAUGAACAAUCAAAAAAAAUUCCUAUACAUAAAAUGGCAUCACCAAAAAAAACAGAAAUAGAAAUAAGAAUAAUAAUAUGGAGAUGCACUAUAUUAUCUAAUGAAGAAAAUGGAAAUAGAACAUUAGAUUUAAUAGUUACCUCAGAAUUAGAUUGCCCAACUUAUAAUGGAAAAAAUGCAAAUAUUCAAUCAACCGAUGUACAUUAUAAUUGUAAAUUAGGUAAUGCAAUAUUUAAUUGGAGAAUUGUAUAUCCAAAUAUAACUCAUCCAUUAAAUACAUGUUUUGUGCAACUAGCUGCAUAUAAUAACAACAAUGUUGGAGUUAGUGAAUUUUUAGGGGAGGUAAAUUUAGAAUUAUCUAAAUAUGUACAUAAAGCAUCUCAAAUAAUGAAUAAAUUUGAACUAGACGCAGAAUUAAAAUUGAGAAAAAAAAAUGGAAUUGAAACCGAAAAUAAUUAUAACGGUUAUAUACAAGUAACAGUGCAAUUCAUCCCUCAAGCGAAAGCCAAUAUUAAACCGGUUGGCUUAGGUAGAGAUGAACCAAAUAGAAACCCAUAUUUAAGAACACCUGAUAGUGGUAGAGAAUGGAAUGAUUUUAUUAGCUCAAUUGGUUUUAAUGAUAUUUAUAAACCUUUUUGGAAUUGGCUGAAAAUAUUUUUUAUUUGUCUUUUAAUUAUAUGGGUAUUUGUUUUAUCAUUUAUUUAUCCUUCUUUAUUACUAUAG